CUCGACUUCCUUUUACUGCGCAGGCGCCGUGCCCUAGGCAACCCGGAAAGAAGACGUUCGGGUAGUGCCUCAAGAUGAAUGCCCUGACCAAGGUGAAGCUCAUCAAUGAGCUGAACGAGCGGGAGGUGGAGCUCGGGGUGGCCGAGAAGGUAUCCUGGCACGCCGAGUACAAGGACAGCGCUUGGAUCUUUCUGGGAGGGCUCCCAUAUGAAUUGACUGAAGGGGAUAUCAUCUGUGUGUUUUCUCAAUAUGGCGAAAUUGUUAACAUUAAUCUUGUACGAGAUAAGAAGACUGGAAAAUCCAAAGGAUUCUGUUUUCUUUGCUAUGAGGAUCAGAGAAGCACAAUUUUGGCCGUUGACAAUUUUAAUGGGAUCAAGAUAAGAGGAAGAACUAUCCGAGUGGACCAUGUGGCUAAUUAUAGGCCCCCCAAAGAUUCUAGGAAUCUGGAUGAUGUAACCAGAAAGCUCCGGGAGAAGGGCUGUGGGGUUAAAACCCCACCUCCUAGUUCAUCUGAAUCCUCUGAAGAUGAGACGCCUGUGAAGAAGCAUAAAAAAGACAAAAAAGAAAAAAAAAGGAAGAAAAAAGACAAAGGUGUCAGAAUGAGUAUGGAAAAGCAGGAAAUGCCUGCAUCCUCCUCCAUAGCAUCCCGACACAAGACCAGAAAAGAAAAGGAAGGUGCUGGCUUUGAGAGAUCUGCCACUGUAAGCCUCGAGAAGGGCUCCAGUCCACAUCGGCGAGAAAGUCGUAAAUACUUAAGUGGAUCACCUGUGCUCUCCCGAGGUCAGCUUGACAAAGCAGAGACCUCAAGGAGGGAUUCGAGGAGGGAUAAGCCAUGGCAUAAGAAGUCCUCAAGCAGUUCCAACAGGAAGGAAAGAAGAAGGAGGGAAAAGAGCAGGCAUCGGGACAGAAGCCGGAGCUCUGAAAAGCGCUUGCGCCACCGAGAUGAGCGUUCUGAAAGCAGGUCUAAGAAGAGGCACAAACACAGGUCCUGGAGCUCUGAGAAAGGCUAUCAUUCCAGGGAUCAGGAACCAUCUUAUUCCAGUCGACACAGGUCCAGUUGAAUGUGUGGCUUAGCACAAUUUCUGUUAACCUAGAAAUGAAGAUUCGUUUUAAAAAAAUAUCUCACCUGAGCUAAGCUGUUAUUGUUUCUGUAAAUAAAGUCUCCUAAAGUGCUCCUAAA